AUGUACCGAGCAAAGUUCCAGCAACCUCACCCGGGCCAACUCAACUUCGAUGAGUUCGUCGCUGAAGAUAUGCAGAAGAUUCAAAGCAACAAUAUCACUUCCAACCUAUUCGUUACUCCAAGAACAGAAAAAGCACAAGCAGAUUGGAAUGAACUCAUAAUAAAUGGAAAUGACCAGGCCUUUAUGGAUUUGAAUAUUGCAGAAGAUGAUUCAUUCUCGACGAUGUUCGAUGACGUUAUACAAAUACCAAACACAGCUUUCAAUAUGAACACAAAUGAGGAACAACAGGAUGGGAUUGGCUGGAGUCCAAAUACCACAGCAAAUUCGAUCAACCCAUUUACCAAUCCGUUCACAAAUAUCUCUGAAAGUUCAUUGAACGUCGGAAAUUCCCACCUUCCUACUUCUCAGACAAAAAUUAGUUCUAAAAGUCCGACGGAAAUCGCUCCACUUGAAAUUGAAGUUGCGACCAAUCCGCCAAACAAUAAUUUGGCCAUUCUCAAACCCUCUAAGAAACGAGUCUUGAGUCCUCUUGCCCAUUUGGAAGACACGCAAUCUCUCACUACCAACUCCAAUUCUAUCCCAACCACAUCACUUCCUCCAAAAAAGAAACGUCGUCCCCGCGCAAGAAAGAUUCUCACCCCUGCGGAGAUUCUUCGGGCUCGCGAAAGAUACCUCGAGAAAAACCGACGCGCCGCACGGAAAUGUCGACUCAAGAAGAAAGCUGAAAUAAACGCCGAUCAGGAAAAAUAUGACCUUUGUGUUGCCGAAAUGAAUGCUACCAAAACUAAGUUGUUGGAAAGUCGGAGGGAACUGCUGAAUUUGAUUGAAAUUUGUAAGGGAAUGGUAAGGGAGGGAUGCGGUGAUGCGGCCAUUAGGAAAUUUGUGGCGAAUUGGGAGAGAAGGGAAGAGGCUUAUAGGGGAAUGCUUGAGAGUGCGGAUGUGGGGGUUGAGGCUUGGAAAUUAAUCGAGAAGUGUAGGAGUGCAAGAUUAGGAGAAGGAGCUUUAGGGGAUGCCAUGGAUCUGGAAGGAGACCCGGAAGGGUUCAUGUGUGGUGCGAAUCUUUGGGAGGCGGGAAAUGUUUGUGAUGUUGGAAACGAAGCGAAUGUCGAAGAGGCAGAUUGCGAUAUGGAUCCGGGAAGUAUAGGAUGUGAUGAGCUGGCUUCAGUUGAUUCUCUUCAAUCUUCGCCUCUAAUACAGCAAACACAAUUGUGCGAACAACAAAUAAAUUCGCAACAGCAGCGACCGCCAGAUUUAAGGUGGCAUGAAGUGAUUACUUCCUUGCAACAAAGCUAUGCCCUAGAUCCUAUCACAGCUGUUCCAAACCACAAUGAGAACGGGAAGUUUCUUUUUCAAAAGCUCUUGGAUCAGAUUACUAAAUCAAAGAGUACUCCUGUACCUAUGGAUACUCUAAACUCACCCUUGUUCCAACAGCAAGAACCAAAUAUUGUUUCUAUAGAAGAUUCAUCCACAUCUACACCAAUCGAUCUCGCCUCUACAUCACCUCUGAAUCACCCAGCUCAAGUCCAAAGUCUGCCACGACCGCAAGUCCCCGAUUUACAACAACAAUCAAACUGCUACUUGGCAACAUCAAGAACACGUCACCAAAGUCUCGACAGUGGCUAUGGAUCCUUUUCCUCCGCAUCAUCUUCUCAGAAAAACUCAGCACCCCCUUCUCAAACCUCAAAUAUCAGUGCAAAUUGCUGGUUUCCAGAUUUAGCUCCUACAUGCAUUGGUAGUGUUGAUAUUGCUGAUUUCCAAUCACCGCUACUUUCCGAUCAGGUAACUGACACGUGUCUGGAUAUUAUACCUGAGACCCAAAUGGGAAUCGCAGACGGAGAGAAUUCUCUACCUUUAAACUCGACCGCGAACUUAGUUCUAAAUUAA